AUGAAUGCGGCUGAGCAGAACUAUUUGCAAGGCAACUUCAGCCCCGCUGAUGGCCAGAUAAGGCUGAGAGAUUUUACAGAUUCCCCGCCCCCCUAUGCGAUAUUAUCUCACAAUUGGGGCCAGGAAGAGGUCACCUUCCAGGACGUAACGAACAACACUGGGACACACAAGGCGGGAUAUGAGAAAAUCCGUUUCUGUGGGCAGCAAGCCCGACGCGACGGCCUCCAAUUCUUCUGGGUCGACUCGUGCUGUAUAGACAAAACAAACAACACUGAGCUCACCAGGGCUAUCAAUUCAAUGUUUGCUUGGUAUCGCCAGGCAGCCCGAUGCUACGUCUAUCUUUCAGAUGUUCCGACACGCGCCCUUGCUGAAUCCAAUGGCACGGUUUGGGAGGAAGCUUUUAUGGCGAGCCGGUGGUUCACCCGUGGAUGGACCCUCCAAGAGCUACUUGCGCCCGAAAUAGUCGAGUUUUAUACCAAGGAAGGAAUAUGUUUGGGGACAAAGGCCUCCCUAGAGCGUGAGAUCCAUCGCGUCACUCGUAUCUCGGUUCGGGCACUUCGAGGCUACCGACUUUCCGCCUUUGGCGUGAAGGAGAGGAUGGAAUGGGCGAACGGGAGGAACACAACCGAGCAGGAAGACUGGGCAUAUUCCCUCCUUGGUAUCUUUGACGUUUCGAUGCCUCUUAUCUAUGGAGAGGGCCGGGAUAAUUCAAUAAGACGGCUGAAGGAGGAGAUAAACAAGCGUUACAACGGCGAGGCAGCGUCCAGUAACCGUAUUUACGAGAGGAAUAGAACCUUUGACCAGGCGCGGGCUAUCAAUGGGGAUGAGUAA